AUGGACAUCUCUCUAUCCACAUGGCGCGUCCUCGGCCUGUCAGUGGCGACGACGUACAUCGGCCUAGGCACAUUCGCGCUGACCUGUCCGGUUCUGGCGGCCAAGGGGUUCGGGCUAUACCCGCACUCGUCGCCGUCCACAUCUAGCUCAAUGGCGCCACCGGGGUCGAACGCGAACCCGACCAAGAGCAGCACAUCGCCGCCCGAGCACGCCAACGCCGACGUGGCCAACCACGCCGCCGCCGUGACGACCUCGAUGGCCCUGCUGGGCGCGCGCGACCUGAGCAUCGGCAUCGCGCUCACAAAGUUUGGCGUCGACGGCAAGCUCCAGGACAUGGGCAUCCUGAUCCUCGCGGGCAUGGUCCUCUGCGCCGUCGACGUCUAUGAGAUCUGGUGCCUCCGCGGGCCCGGUUGGGGCGCUGCCUUUGCCGCGGGCGCCGGCAUGUGGUUGGGCAUUGGGAUCGGGUUGGUUCAGGUGUAA